AUGAGGCAUUUUUCAUAUGCCUAUUAUACUAAGAAGUUGAGUAAUGGUGAGACUUUUGAUAGAAAAUGGUUGGUUUACUCAAAAUUAGCUGAUAAAAUAUAUUGUUUUUGUUGUAAAUUGUUCACAUCUCAAAAUAUCAAAACUUUUUUGGCAAGUGAUGGUGUGAAUGAUUGGAAACAUCUUGAUGAGAAACUCAAAUUACAUGAGAAUAGUGUUGAGCAUAUGACUAAUAUGAACAAUUUGUAUGAACCAAGAGUGAGAUUAGAAUUGAAUAAAGGCAUUGAUAAAGACUUGCAAGAGUCAAUUUUAAAGGAAAAAGAGCGUUGGAGGCAAGUCUUAAUUCGAAUUGUUUCUGUUGUGAAAUGUCUAGCUAAAAAUAAUUUAGCUUUUCGUGAUCUACUUAUUUAUCUUUUAUCUCAUGGUGUUCGGACUUCAAUGAUAAAAUUAAUAAAAGAGUCAAAAUAUUUUUCUGUAAUGCUUGAUUGUACCCCUGAUGUAAGCCAUCAAGAACAAAUGACUUUGAUAGUAAGAUGUGUGAAUGUAUCAAGUGAUAAAAUCAAGAUAGAAGAGUUUUUUUUAGAAUUCUUAAAAGUAGAUGAUACUUCUGUAUUGUUAGAUGUAUGUAAGUCCCUUGAUCUGGAUAUUGAUGAUGUAAGGGGGCAAGGUUAUGACAAUGACUCUAAUAUGAAAGGGAAACACUAA